AUGUCUCAGGGUCAAGAGAUUCCACAAUGCACACAGGAACAGCACCAUGCCCUCAGUGAAGCCCAGGGCCUGGAGGCUGCACAGGUCUCCAGGGCGCUGGAGGAGACCUCUCCCUCCUCCUUCCAUCCUCUAAUGCCUGGCAAUUUGGAGGAGGCUCUGGCUUCUGGGGCACCCAGUACUCCCCACAGUCCUCAGAGUGCCUACUUAUCUUACAUUGUCACUGCAGCCGUCGCAUCACGCACAUCAGAUGAGUGCUCCAGCAACCAGGAGACUGGGUCAGCUUCUUCAAAGUCUCUGUCAGAAACUGAGAACUUGCCCACAGACCCUCUAGAUGAGAAGGUGAUUUUGUUGGUGCAGUUCCUGCUGCAAAAGUAUCAAAUGAGAGAUCUGAUCACAAAGGCAGAUAUGAUUGGUGAUGUUAUCAAAGAGUACAAGGAUGACUUCCUUGAGAUCCUCAGGAGAGCCUCUGAGUGCAUAGGGCUGGUCUUUGGCAUUGAUGUGAAGGAAGUGGAUCCCACCAGCCACAGCUAUGCCCUCGUCAACAAACAAGGCCUCACCUAUGAUCCGAGGCUCAGUGGUGACAAGGGCAUGCCCAAGACAGGCCUCCUGAUAAUUAUCCUGGGUGUGAUUUUCAUGAAGGGCAAUCGUGCCACUGAGGAGGAGAUCUGGAAAGUGUUGAAUAUGAUGGACUUAUAUUCUGGGAGGAAGCAUUUUAUCUUUGGGGAGCCCAGGAAGCUUAUCACCAAAGAUUUAGUGGAAGAAAAGUACCUGGAGUACUGCCAGGUACCCAGUAGCAAUCCUCCACGCUAUGAAUUCCUGUGGGGUCCAAGAGCCCAUGCUGAAGCCAGCAAAAUGAAAUUGCUAGAGUUUUUGACCAAGAUCCAUGAAUCUGACCCUACUUGCUUCCCAUCCCAGUAUGAGGAGGCUUUGAGAGAUGAAGCAGAGAGAGCCUGA